AACAUUAUACUUUCCGAAAAAAAAAAUUCCGAAUGCAUUUAUUCAAUCAUAACAGUUAGUUAAUGGUUAUAUUUAAAUCAGGUAUUAAAGUACAACCUGCUAAUAGGCCACUUACACAUUUACUGAGGGUGAGUAAACUCACAUUUCAUUAGAUUUAGGGACAAGUUAAGAAUUACAUUAGGUUAGGACACAGUAGAGCAAUAUUAUCCGCUGACGAAACUUUUCGUCUCAUUUGUGAGUAUUCAGUUGGCUGCAGGAAGUGGCUGUCACGCUCUAUCUAGGCCUGUACACAAGAUAGUUGUUUCAAGAUUCAAACACGUAACUAACAACUACAAAUUGCGUGAUAUCUAUAUUCACCGUGAAAUACUAUUUUUGUAAAGAGGUGACGUCAGUUGGCUGUAUGUCCUUCUGCCAUUCUGCUCUGUAUGAUGUUUCUUUUUCCCUUUCUUGGUUAGCAAUUUAUACUGUUUUCUUCUUCAUCACUGUAAUGUCUCAGUCAAAUCCAGACCAGAACUUAAAGUGUAUGCCGAUGUCAGAACCAGUCUCAAACUCCCAUUCUGAGAGGCAAGUAAGUUACGAAGAAACUGAAGAACAUCCUUCCACAAUUGAAAUGUUUGGAUACUCUUUUAAUGAGCAUGGACUUUUAAGACAUAUAGAGACUGGUGAACCAUUCAAAUUUCAAGCAAAAGAGAAUGACCAUGAUUACAACCAGAGAAGAUAUGAAGCUUUGGGAGAGUUGAUUACAGAACACGUUUAUCAACUUCUGCUCUCGGAAGGAAAAUUGAAAAAGAAAUCAAUCCCGGUAAGGAAAAGUUAUUUUCUUAUACACACUUUUAUCUUUCUGAGUGAGGAUGCACUGACCAACUCUGACCGAUUAGUAGUCUUUAUCCAUGGAAGUGGAGUUGUACGAGCUGGACAAUGGGCAAGAAAGCUUAUCAUCAAUGAUGGCAUCAAUAGUGGCACACAACUUCCUUUCAUAAAACGGGCUCACGGUUUGGGAUAUGGAGUGGUUGUUUUGAAUACUAAUGACAACACAAGAAUUGUCGAUGGGAAGAAAGUAUUCAUCAGGGGUAGUGAAAGCCCAGAGAAGCAUGCAAAGUAUGUUUGGAAAGAAGUCAUCCAAAAAUCUGCAGCCAGGCACAUAGCUGUUGUAGCACAUAGUUAUGGAGGUGUGGUCUUAAUGGACUUGGUUAAGAAGUUCGAAAAGUUUUUCCAUGACCGAGUUUUUGCUGUCGCUUUAACUGACUCUGUCCAUAGUAUUCGCCACCAGAUGGUAGCACAGUCUUCACUGAGAUGGUUGCAGAAG